AAAAAAAACAUUAAUCUAAACGAAGUGCCCAGAUCUUCCACUUAUCUCUCUCCCCGUCCCUACAGUGGUCUGAACAACUACUAAUAGCAGGAACUGGUACUCUCUUGAAGCCGAAGAGAAGAAGAAGAAGAACCCAACAAUGGUGACGCUCAAAGUGGGCACGAGGCCGCCAUGGGUGGGCCUCGGAGCUGCGGUUUGGCUCCAGAUAGCCUCUGGAAAUGCCUACAACUUCCCUCUCUACUCCCAUUCCCUCAAAUCCGUUCUAGGUUUCAACCAGCGCCAGCUCACCUUUCUCGGCGUCGCUAACGACGUCGGCGAGAACGUCGGAAUCCUCCCUGGCAUCGCCUGCAACAAGUUCCCCCCCUGGGUGGUUCUCCUGAUCGGCGCCGUCGCUUGUUUCUUCGGCUAUGGCGUCCUCUGGCUCGCCGUCAGCCGUACCGUUGAGUCCUUGCCCUUUUGGCUGUUAUGGAUUGCGCUUUGCAUUGCCACCAAUAGCAAUGCUUGGCUCUCGACAGCUGUUCUCGUAACGAACAUGAGAAACUUCCCCCUCAGUCGGGGUACUGUAGCAGGUAUUCUCAAAGGUUAUGGAGGGCUCGCUGCUGCUGUGUAUACUGAAAUUUUUGGCAUCAUGCUUCAUAAUUCCUCUUCCAAGCUCUUGAUGUUUCUCACGUUUGGGAUCCCAAUUCUCUGUAUCAUAUUGAUGUAUUUUGUCAGACCUUGUACUCCUGCAUCCGGGGAAGACUCCGCAGAGCAUGGACAUUUCCUUUUUAUCCAAGCUGCUAGUGUUGUCCUUGGCCUAUAUCUUCUCACAACCACAGUAUUGGGUCACUUUCUUUCUUUAAGUCCUUCCAUUUCCUACACUUUUCUUGUCGUAAUGGUACUACUUCUCAUGGCUCCACUUGCUAUCCCAGUAAAGAUGACAUUUUACCCCUCGAGUCUCAGUAAGUUCGGGAAACUUGGUCAAGUGGUUGGUUCCACAGGCCAACAAAAUGCAGAUAAAACAGAACCAUUGCUCACACCAUCUGCAUCGACAUCAAAUCUUGGAAGUUUUCAUGAGGGUGAUAGUGCAUCAGAUGUGGAUAUGCUUCUAGCUGAGGGGGAGGGUGCAGUAAAGAGAAAAAGGCGUCCCAGAAGAGGGGAGGAUUUCAAGUUUCGUGAAGCUUUAGUCAAGGCUGAUUUCUGGCUUCUAUUCUUGGUUUACUUUACUGGUGUUGGUUCUGGGGUUACUGUCCUCAACAACUUGGCUCAGAUAGGAAUAGCUCAAGGUGUGCAUGAUACUACAGUCCUGCUAUCUCUGUUCAGCUUCUGCAAUUUUGUUGGUCGUCUCAGUGGUGGUGCAGUUUCUGAACAUUUUGUCAGGUCAAAAACAAUCCCGAGGACAAUCUGGAUGGCAUUCACUCAAACGAUUAUGAUAUUUACAUACUUUUUGUUUGCAUCUGCUCUGGAUGGUACACUCUAUGUUGCAACUGCAGUACUAGGCAUCUGCUACGGUGUGCAAUUUUCUACAAUGGUCCCAACUGCUUCUGAGCUUUUUGGACUGAAGCAUUUUGGUAUAAUUUUUAAUUUCAUGUCGCUCGGGAAUCCUCUUGGUGCUCUCCUUUUCUCUGGUCUCCUUGCUGGUUUUAUAUAUGAUAAAGAGGCAACUAAGCAGCAUGCCAUUUCUUGCUUGGGUCCAAAUUGCUUUAGGCUCACCUUCCUUGUUUUGGCUGGUAACUGUGCUAUUGGCGCCAUCCUUAGUAUAGUUCUGACGAAGAGAAUCAAGCCUGUUUAUGAAAUGCUUUAUGCUGGGGGCUCCUUCAGGCUGCCUCAAAGUUCAAGUCAUUGAGCGUAGAAUGAAGUGUAGCAUGAAGAUGCUUUCGGAAAGAAAUCAAAUAGAGUGCAUUGUAUCUUGUUACUUGAGCCUCAGUAGGCACUUUCUCCAUUAACUUCAACCAAUUAAAUGUAUUUACAAGCCCCACAUUGUCAAAUCAUUGCACAUCUUGUUUCUAAUUUGUGCAUAUGAACCUUCUUCUGACGCUAUCUAUGUGGUAUAUGAGCAUUCUUCCUGAUAUUA